AUGGCAGUCGACGAGAGCGCCCGUUUCCCCCCAGCACCUGUGAUGUUACUGACUGGUGCUAAUGGAGCCGUAGGAUUUGGAAUUUGUUUAAGAAUCUUAUAUCAAUUAUCUCAACCUACUCAAUCUGAUAUCUCACUUUUAAAUUUAUUUAAUCAUUCGAAUGAAAACCAUCAAUUAAGAUCAUUAUCACUUCAAUCAUCGUCAGAAGAAGAAGAUUUCCAAUCAGUUUAUGCUACUCCUAAUGGAUUGACUCUUUUGUUAGGUUGUCGGAAUCGACAAAAAGCUCAAGAUGCACGUGAUGAGCUUUUAAAGAAAUUAAAUCGAUUGUUUAAAUUUGAAAAUCAAGAUGAUCGAUCAGUUACUUCGUUUAGUUUUAUUGAUCGAUUGACGGGUCAAGUUGAAAUCAUUAGUUUUCAAACUUAUCGUCAACUUUGGUUAGAGAAUCUUAAAAUCGAAUUUCUUGAACUUGAUCUUAGUAAUCUGAAUUCGAUUUUUAAAGCUGUUGAUCAGGUUAAACUACAAUAUGGUCAUCUAUCUCAUCUUCUUUUGAAUGCUGGUGGUGGUACGUUUAUCGGUUUGGAUUGGAUAAAGGUCUUCCGUGGUAUGGUCCGAAACUUGGUGGAAGCUUUGACAUAUCCAGAUUAUAUGCUAGAAAGUCGUUCAGAAGAGACAGAUGAUAAGUUGGGUUACACCUGGCAACUUAAUGUCUUUGGUCAUUACCUACUUGCACGUCUCUCGUUACCACUCCUGGCUCGUACUCCUUCUACUCUGCCAGCUCGGAUCAUCUGGACUGGUUCAUUGGACGGAUUAGCCAAAUACUUUGAUCCUCAAGAUUAUCAGUGUUUGGAGAGUGAUCAGGCUUAUCAAAGUACAAAGUAUCAGGUAGGAUUAUUAGGAUGGGCUUUUAAUUCAGUGAUUCGAAAGUACGAGGCAGAUGUGAAGAAAGAGGAAACCAAAGUGGGUACUCCACAAACCGCAAGUUCACCUAGAGUGGUGAGUUUGGUGGCUCAUCCCGGCAUCGUGGCUGGCAAUAUGUUUACGCAAAUUGUGGGAGUCUUUCUAGAUUAUGCCAUGCUAAUGACCUUUUACCUUGUACGAACAUUCUUUGGUUCAUCUCAUCAUGUGAUAUCAGCCUAUAAAGCCGGUCUAGUUUGGACCUUUGCAAGUUUAGGUCCUUCAACAAUAGAAUUAGGGAAUCUGAUAGGUGGUGAAGAUUAUCCGUUUCGAAUGGGUGCUCGAUGUGAUCGGAUAGGAGGAGAGUAUGUUGUAUUAGAAUCCAAUCAUCAAACAGAAGGUUAUCAACGUUGGUUUGAUGACGAACAUGCCAAUCUGAUUCUUGAUAAAUGUGAUCAGUUAUACUUGAUACAUUCACGCAAGCAAAAAAUUGACAUCGACACAGAGUCGGCUUAA